CUCUCUCUUCAAAGCAAAAUGGAGGGCAACAAAGAGAUGGGUCUCAUUGGAGAAAAUUUUGAUUCUGGUUUGAUGGGAGGGGCGAGGGAUGAUGAGUAUGAAAGCAGGUCUGGAAGUGACAAUUUUGAUGUCGCAUCAGGUGAUGAUCAAGAUGCAGGUGAUGACCAGCCACCACAGAAGAAGAAAAAGAAAUAUCAUAGACAUACUCCUCAACAAAUUCACGAGCUUGAAACUUUCUUCAAGGGGUGUCCUCAUCCUGAUGAGAAGCAAAGAUCAGAUCUUAGUAAGACACUAGGGUUAGAGAACAAAAAAGUCAAGUUCUGGUUUCAGAAUAGGAGAACCCAAAUGAAGACACAACUAGAACGUCAAGAAAACAUGAUUCUUAAGCAAGAAAAUGAAAAGCUCCGAGCAGAGAACAAUAUGAUGCAGGAAGCUAUAUCAAAUCCAUCAUGCAACACUUGUGGUGGCCCUGCCAUUCUUGGUCAAAUUUCAUUGGAGGGGCACCAAAUUAGAAUUGAGAAUGCUCGACUGAAAGAUGAAUUGAAUCGGACGGGUGCCUUAGUAAGCAAGUUCUUGGGCCGGCCCCUCUCUUCAUUGGGCUCUCCCAUGGCUCUCUCAACCCCAAAUUUCGGUCUAGAAAUUGGUUUUGGAAAAAAUGGGGUUGCUGAUACAAGCAAUUUUAGCAUGUCCUUGCCAGCGGGACUUGACAUGGGAGAUGGAGUUUUUGGCGCUCCACCAGCCACACUUUCUGGGACUAGAUCACCAAUGGGAAUGAUGGGAAAUGAAGCCCAGGUUGAGGGAUCUACGCUUACGCAUCUUGCAUUAGCUGCUAUGGAUGAAUUAAUUAAGAUGGCUCAGAUAGAUAGCCCUCUUUGGAUUAAGAGUUCAAGUGGGGGGCAGGAAGUGCUGAACCAAGAGGAGUAUGCAAAGAUUUGUUCUCCUUAUACCGGUUCAAAACCCGCUGGUUAUGUAACUGAAGUUUCAAGAGAAACUAGGGUAGUAAUGAUCAACAGUUUGGCCCUGGUGGACACAUUUAUGGAUGCGGAUCGAUGGUUACAGAUGUUUCCAUCUAUGAUUACUAGAGCUGUCACCAUGGAUGCGAUAUCUAGUGACACGGCCGGAACUGGAGCUUUGCAAUUGAUGCAUGCUGAGCUACAAUUGCCUUCUCCACUAGUCCCGGUUCGCCAAUUGAAUUUCCUCCGGUUUUGCAAGCAGCACAGAGAAGGUGUGUGGGUUGUUGUUGAUGUAUCAGUUGACUUUGGUCGCAAUGCCGCCAAUUCGAAUCCUUUCAUGAACUGUAGGAGGCUUCCUUCUGGAUGUGUUGUGCAGGAUACACCCGAAGGCAUGUCCAAGAUUACUUGGGUUGAUCAUUCCCAAUAUGAUGAAAAUGUUAUCCAUCAAAUGUAUCGCCCUUUGGUGAAUUCCGGCAUUGGCUUUGGUGCUCAUAGAUGGGUCGCAACUCUUCAAAGACAGUGUGAAUGCCUUGCAAUGCUCAUGUCCCCUUCAAUACCAUCUGAGGUCUCCCCUGUAAUAAACCAAGAUGGUAGGAGAAGCAUGCUGAGGCUGGCGCAACGCAUGACAAAUUCCUUCUGGUCGGGGGUCUGUCCCUCAUCUGCCAGUAAGUGGGAAAUUCUUCACAUUGGUAACAAUAACACAAGGUUUAUGUCUCGGAAACAUGUGGAUUACUCUGGAGAGGCUACUAGCAUUGUCCUUAGUGCUGCAACUUCUGUUUGGUUGCCGGUAUCGCGACAAAGGGUGUUUGAUUUUCUGCGUGAUGGACAAAAUAGAGGCAAAUGGGACAUCUUUUCUAGUGGUGUAACAAAUCAGGAGAUGCACCAUGUUAUCAAAGGGCAAGGACAAGGAAAUUGUGUUUCUGUACUUGGAGCUAGUAAUAAUGCUGCUAAUGGCAAUGAUAGAAAAUUAUGGCUGCAAGAUUCAUGGACCGAUACAUCUGGUUCGAUGAUAGUGUAUUCCUCCAUCGACGUUCAGUCCUUUAACAUUGUGGCAAGUGGUCAAGAUUCUGCAUAUAUUUCUCUAUUUCCUUCUGGAUUUUCCAUUCUUCCAGAUGGUCAUUCAAACAACAAUUGCGUUGGGACUUCAACCAAUGGCAGCAACGGUGGCGCCGGCAACACCAAUGCAGGUGGAUGCUUGCUUACAUUUGGGAUACAAAUGCAAAACAACCUCCCAACAACUAUGCUUACAAUGGAGUCCGUUGAUACUAUUAAUAGGCACCUCUCAAGCACCAUUCAAAAGAUCAAGAUGCACACGGAGUUGGGCAUGAAUGAAGCUUUCUUUGAUUCAAGUGAAAUUUAGUUAUUUUUUCUUUUUCUUUUUCUUUUGAAAAUGAAAAACUGAAAAAGGGUGAUACAUUUUUAUGUAUAGGGAAUUCAAGUAUGAAACUGGAAUUUAGAGCAUCACGAUUUAGUUUUGUGAGUGGUAUGAGUAUUGACUUGUAGGUGGGAGUUACGUUCUUGGUUUCACCGCUUUUAUUUGUCCAGUAUGCUAUUCAUGUAUGCAUACCUUGC